CCGCGAGGUGCUGGGGAGAGGCAGGCAGAGCCGGGCCGGCUGCCUGCGGCUCAGCUCCGAUCGUGCGGUGACGCUGGGCUCGGCGUCUCUCUGCCUCUGCCCUGGCUCCCGCAAAACUUUUAUUCUCCUGGGCCCCCCGAGGUGUGUGAAGGAAUCGGAGCGCUCGGCUGUCUCCGCGCUCCCUUGGAGCGGCGACCGAGGGGACGUGCUUCCCUUGCCCGCCGGGCUCUCUAGCCCUGCGCCUCCUCACCUGCCGAUUGCUCCCCGGAGCCGUGAGGGGGCACCCCAGGAGGGACCGCGCGGGCGCCGGCUCCCCGAACUCCCCCGCUCACCGCGGAGGACCCGCCGGGCACAACUUUAACUUCAUUCCUCUCGUCCAACCGGGCACCCGCGACUGCUUGCUGUCGCCUUCGCUCCUGCACCGUCGCCGCCGUUGCUGUCUCACAAAGAGCGCAAGGCGGGGAGGCGGCGCAGGCGGUAGGCACGGGCCUCGGGCCACCCAGGCGGGGAGACAAAAGGGAAACUGCCUUGGCUCUCGGUCCCCAUUUGGAACAGCCUGCUCGCUCGUCUACUGCCCGGCUUCGCGCUACUCCUACCCGCACCCUCGGCUGCUGUUCCGCCUUCCUCCUCGCGGGCCGUCCCCGCAGUGCUCUGGACCCGGCGAGCCUUCGGGGCGCGCGUCGCUGUUGGUGGUUGGGGCUCUAGUGAUAAUAAAUGAUAGAGGAUACAAUGACUUUGCUGUCUCUGCUGGGUCGCAUCAUGCGCUACUUCUUGCUGAGACCCGAGACACUGUUCCUGCUGUGCAUCAGCUUGGCGCUGUGGAGUUACUUCUUCCACACCGACGAAGUGAAGACCAUCGUUAAGUCCAGCCGGGACGCGGUGAAGAUGGUAAAGGGCAAGGUGGCCGAGAUCAUGCAGAACGAUCGACUUGGAGGGCUUGACGUGCUGGAUGCCGAGUUUUCCAAGACCUGGGAGUUCAAGAGUCACAACGUGGCCGUGUACUCCAUCCAGGGCCGAAGAGACCACAUGGAGGACCGCUUCGAAGUUCUUACUGAUUUGGCCAACAAGACGCACCCGUCCAUCUUCGGGAUCUUCGAUGGGCACGGCGGCGAGACCGCAGCUGAAUAUGUAAAAUCUCGACUCCCAGAAGCCCUUAAACAGCAUCUUCAAGACUAUGAAAAGGACAAAGAAAAUAGUGUGUUGUCUUACCAGACCAUCCUUGAACAGCAGAUUCUGUCAAUUGAUCGAGAAAUGCUUGAAAAAUUGACCGUAUCCUAUGAUGAAGCAGGUAUGUUUGUUUUCAAUACACACACACAGUUUUUUCCCUGCAAAAUUUCUUUAUAG